GCUUCCUUCUGGGAGCGCUUCCUGCAGCCCGGGGGGGCCUGGCGGCACCAGGUGCACAAGGCCUGCCAGACCACUGGCUUCGUCCUGACGCGGGUCCUGGUCCCCGCUUGGGUCAUCCUCUACUACCUGAAGUACCACGUCAUGAAAAACCCACAUGGUGUUGUUACGUCAAAUCCACGGAUAUUCCCAGGAGACAGAAUUUUAGAGACGGGAGAAGUUAUGCCACCCCUGAAAGAUGAACCCGCUGAGCACCACUGA